CGGGGCGCACGGUGCUACGGCUGAGUGGAAAGAAAGUGGAAAGUGAGAAAAUACCUGAAUGGACAAUCUACACUAAGUCCCAUCCACCUCAGCUCUCCUGCAGCGUCUCUCCCGCCCACCGUCCACUCUCCCCCCUCUCCUCUCUCUAGCCUCCCCCUCCGCCCCGCCUCCCUUCUCCUGCUCCCCCCUCGUCGACCUCCAAGAUAGAUUCCCUCAGGAGUAAGGUUGACCUGCUCAAGCUUCCCCUGGCUCUCUCCACCAAGUCCAUCUCUGAGCGUAAGGCCCAGCUGGGAGGAGUCGGAGAGUACCGCGUCCCGGGGGGAGGAGGAGGAGUCGGGGCUCGCAAAGUCUGCUCAGCGCCGACCAGAGACAUGGACAACGAGUCGCAGUACUCGGGAUACUCGUACAAGUCCUCGCACUCCAGGACCUCCCGCAAGCACAGGGAUCGGAGGGAUCGACACCGCUCAAAGAGUCGAGACGGCAGCAGUCGUGGAGACAAGUCGGUCACCAUCCAGACUCCUGGAGAGCCGCUGCUGGACGCAGAAUCCACCCGCGGAGAUGAGAGGGACGAUAACUGGGGCGAGACCACCACGGUCGUCACGGGCACCUCGGAGCACAGCAUCUCCAACGAGGACCUGACUCGCAUCACCAAAGAUCUGGAGGAGUCGACCCCGCUGGAGUGUAAGCGCUUCGUGGGCCCGGUCCUGGGGGGCGUCCUAAGCUUCUUCGCGCUCCUCACCCCACUCGCCUUCCUCAUCCUGCCGCAGGUGUUGUGGCGCGAGGCCCUGGAGCCCUGCGGGACGCCCUGCGAGGGCCUCUACGUCUCCCUGGCCUUCAAGCUGCUGGUGCUGCUCAUCUCCUCCUGGGCGCUGUUCCUCCGCCCGCCUCGGGCCACGCUCCCGCGCUUCUUCGUCUUCCGCUGCCUGCUCAUGGUGCUGGUGUUCCUGUUCGUGGCGUCCUAUUGGCUGUUCUACGGCGUGCGGGUGCUGGAGCCGAGGGAGAGGGACUACCGGGGGAUCGUGGAGUACGCCGCCUCGCUGGUGGACGCUCUGCUCUUCAUUCAGUACCUGGCUCUGGUGCUGCUGGAGGUCCGACACCUGCAGCCCGCCUUCUGCCUCAAAGUGGUGCGAAGUACUGAUGGAGCGAGCAAGUUCUACAACGUGGGACACCUCAGUAUCCAGCGGGCUGCAGUCUGGGUGUUGGACCGUUAUUACAGCGACUUCUCCGUCUUUAACCCCGCGCUGCUCAACCUGCCCAGAUCCAUCCUGUCCAAGAAGAUGACCGGCUUCAAGGUUUACUCUCUGGACGGUAAAUACAGCCUCUCCUCUGACUCUGUUUACUCACACACAACUAUGACGCCCAAGGCCUUCCUGGAGCGGUACCUGAGCCCCGGCCCCACGGUGCAGUACCAGCAGCAGAACGGCAGGGGGCGCCAGUGGACCCUGGUGAGCGAGGAGCCGGUGACCUCGGCCCUGCGUCAGGGUCUCAUCUUCUCCCUGCGGCGCCUCGACUUCUCCCUGGUCGUCACGGUGAUGCCGCUCCCCUUCCUGCGGCUCGGGGAGGAAUUCAUCGACCCGAAGAGCCACAAGUUCGUGAUGAGGCUUCAGUCGGAAACCUCGGUGUGAUGGAUGCUUCUUUUUUCCCACGGGACGGGACAUGGGGUCCACUCACAUCCAAUCACUUCCUGUCUGUGACACAGAAACCCUUGAAGGAGAGAGUGAACCCCUCCUGAUAUGAAACUGCUCAAUGAUUGUUCAAACCUGGAAUAAAACGAAUGCCUUCUGUAAGAGACUUUUUUUAUACAGGGGGUUUUUCUCCUCUCUUGGCUUCUCCUGUUGCUGUAACCACUGGACUACGACUUCACUGUGCUGACUCAACACCAGACGAGGGGGAUUACAUCACAUCUGUCACUUCCUCUUUCUCAAAAACAGAGCGCUCUGAAUGCUGCUGUACCUCUGCCUUCUGGUUCCCUCUCCAUGUACUGUUUCAAGAAUACAAGGACAGUUUUUAUAUUAAAGGGUGUGACUUCUUUUUUCUUUACUCACAGAAUGUAGCAUUAUGUUGCUUUGAAUUAACACGUGGCUUUUCCGCGGCCUGAAGGCCAACUUCUUUUUUAUGUGAAAAAUGGAAGUACAUUCCUCAGCUACUCCAAACUGUAUUUACAUGACUGUCUUAAUAUGCAGGUUCUCUUUAAAACACUACACUGGCAAUCCAACUUCCCUUUUACACAGAAGACUAAACCAAGACCCCAUUCACGCCUGUUAUUAACAAGCAGCCUUUAUAUGUAUAUCUUAUUUUCAUGAGGAUAUUAAAACCUGAUGUUAUUCAGAGUUUUACUUAAUGUCAAAAAGACCAGAAAACCAAGAGUGUGUUUCAACACUUUCAGUCUUUCCUACCCUGUCUGGAAGUAACAAGUUCCUUAUUUUAAAAACCCUAUACUUCAACAUAAAAGGCUAAUCCCUUGCCUUAAAGAACAGGGAACAAACAUGACUAAAUAAGGAGAAAAUUAAGCAUGUCCCAGGUACUAUUUUAAGUCGCUGACUAACAUGUCCUCAUGGGUAUUUACAGCAUAAGGAAGUGUAUGUUAACUUUCAGUGUCCAUUUCCGUGCCUGACUUUUUAUGGUUUUCGUGAACAGAUAACAUUUUCUCAGAGGAUGAAUUUACUAGCCAAGUAAUUCAGAUCCGCUCUAAACUUUACCGUGUUCUUCCUAGGCCCAUGAUUGACCUUUCCAACACGUUUCAUACAAAUGGGGCCUUAAGUUUUUCAGUAAACCUGCUGAAAGACUUACAAACUGAACAGCUUGUCAGAGACAUUUGGAAAGUCACCAGAAAACCAAAUCAUAUCAUAACAGAACACAUUGAGUCUAAAAAAAGCUAAAAAAAUCUUUUUAAUAAAAGGUUUUCUCUAAAGAUUGUGACUUGAUCAAAUUCAUCUGGCCGCCUUCUCUAAGUCAUGAGCAGUUUUUAAAAGCUUUCAAAAGUCAUGUAUCCUUUUGACUUUUGAAAACACAAUUUGUCAUAAGUCCCUGAGCUCUGCCUGUCCAAUUAAAUAUUUAUAUCCAAUCACAACGCAACAUUAGGACAUCAAGAGCUACAACUAAUGAAACUGUACAUAAAUGCAAAGACUUGUGAGUCUGUCUUUCUGCAGAUUCAGGUGACGUGUCAACAGGUUUAAAUGAGGUCUUGGUUUAUUCCAGUCUUCUUAACAAUCCAUACAUGUGAACUCAGUCUUGAGCACACAGCUGUAGUUCAACUCAGCUGCUUUCUGUUUUUUUUUUAUCAUGCAUUUUCACAAAAAUCCCAAAUCAGACGUGUGAUUGUAACUCUUCUGUGCAGCUCCUCUGCUCACACACACACACACACACACACACACACACACACACACACACACACACACACACACCGAGCUGCUCCAUCCCACGGCCUUACUCUUCCUCCUCUAGGACCUAAAACACUCUGUAACACCAAAACACUCCUGAAGCUGAGACGUGCGGCGAUCCGUUGAAUCUACCUACAGUUUGCUGAGCCAAAACAUGACCGGCGGUUUGCUUUUCAAGAGAAAAUGUGGUUUAAAAAAGCCAUUUUAAAUUCCUAACAGCAAACACACGGCUGACAUUUCCCCCGAGUGACCACAUUCUAUAAAACAAACAUGCAUGCUUGAGUUGUUUCAAUACUUUUUUGUAAUACUUUUCUAUCAUUUUGAUGGUGCCUAAGUUAUGACGAUGCAAUUUCCCCGAUGUUUUUACUUUUGAAAAACAAGUGGCUUGUACAAAUUUUGUAGAUUUGGUCUUGUAUUUUCUUUCUCUUUUGGUAACUGUAGCUUGUAUAGUGUCAUAGGCCUUUUUCCACUAUUAAACCAUUUUAUUCCUUA